GCGCUCUGUCAGCAGUCAGCUUUACCGGCAGUUCAGGGAGACAGAAACGGAUGGAGAGAAUUCACAUCUGCUUUAAGGACGUGAGAGCGGUAGAAGAUGAGUUCACAGCAGUAUCAGCGAUCAGGACCGAACUCCGCGCACACACAGGGAGGAAACACACCAGGAGUCCAGCCCAAGCAGACCAACACAGGUCAUGAUGACGGAGGACGUGACUCGGGUCUCGCCCCUUCCUCCAGCGCCGCCCCUCCUCCGCUCAGAGACGAUAAGCAGGAGCCGGUGGUGGUGCGACCGUACGGAGCGACGUCCUCAGCUCCACAGACAUUGACUCAGCACCACCCCUUCACAGAGGGACCCGGGAAGUCUGCUCUGAAGACUCCUAUUCCUAGUCGUGUAAUUGCCCCGGCCCCAGCCCAGGCGCACCUCGCUUUACCCCACAAGGUACCCAGCCACAUCACAGUCACUAUGGAGAGCGCCAUACCGCAGACGUCCGCCAUCCCGGUGGCCACCAUCAGCGGGCAGCAGGGUCACACUGGAAACCUGCACCGCAUCAUGGCCACCAAUCUGCAGAUCAUCCGUAGCGGGACGCCAGCACUGCAGAUCGGAUCCCCGGGCGCUCCGCAGCAUCCGUUUCCCUCACAUUUACCCAGAGGAGCUGCAGCCGCCGCCGUCAUUUCCAGUACAAAGGGAGCGACGGUGCUGAGGCCGGCGUCAGGACCGAAUCCUGCAGCAGGACAGGCGACGGUGCAGCACAUCAUCCACCAGCCCAUCCAGUCUCGCCCCGUGGUCACCACGUCCACGCCGGUCAUGCCCACAGUGGUGGCGCCGGUGGCAGCCACCAGGCCGCAGUCUCCAGUCAUUACCACGAUGACAGCUCACUCGGGAGAGUUGGUGCACGGACGCUCAGCUAUUACCAUCCACCCUCCUCCUGCCACCCUGAGUAUCCAGCGGGCUCCUCACGCCCGGGACACGCCCACACGCAUCACCCUGCCCUCCCACCCAGCCAUUGGAGCUCAGAAGCUCCUCCCACACUCCAUGGCACAGAAACCAAUCUUUAGCACCGUCACGCCUGUUGCCGCGGCAACCGUGGCCCCCAUACUGGCCACCAACACGGUUCCAUCGACCACCACUACAGGCUCUAUGACUCAGUCCCAGGUGUCCAACAGUAACAUAGUUACAGUGACCAUGGCCUCGCAUUCCACUCACGCCACUGCAGUGACCACCUCCACCAUCCCCGUGGCGAAGGUCGUGCCGCAGCCAAUCACACACACCUCACCUCGGAUCCAGUCUGAGUUCAGUGGAGAGAGAGGGAACCUCAUCCCCAUCUCAGCCCAUCACACGUCCCCUAAUCCUGCUGCUGCCGCCAUGGAGAACCGCAGUGACGCCAGGCAGUCAGUCCCUAUGCAGUUUCAGUACUUCCUACCAGCGUACCAAUCAGCUUCUUACCCUCUGACACACGCCUACACUCCCAUCACCACCUCAGUGUCCACCAUACGCCCUUAUCCAGUGACAGCUCAGGCUCCCUCUGCCGCUCAGCCUGGCAUGGGCGUGGCCUCAGCCGUCCACCUGAACUCCAUGCAGCUGAUGACGGUGGAUCGCAUCGCUCAGAUCAACACGCAGAGCAUCCAGUCCGCGGCCGUGGCGGCACCGGGAGCCCAAAACGCCGCGAUCGCCGCUCAGGGGCUUCACGCCAAUGCCCCGAUGGCACCGCAAGGCAUCCAGGCCGCUCCCAUUAACCCCCAACCGAACUCAAGCGACGCCAAGACUUCAGUGGUGCUGGCAGACGGCUCGGCUUUGGUCGCCAGCUCCAUCAACAGCACCUUUAACGCCAAUCAGCCUGUCGCCACGGUAACUCAAGCGCACUCGCAGGGAAGCACGUCGGCGCUCGUUUCGUCUCCUCGACCCAGCAUCCUGCGCAAAAAAACCGCCAUCGACGGGUCUGCUGUGAGGAAGAACCUGAUGGCGGCUCACCUGGGGGACCGAAUGGAUGGAGGUCUGAGGAACACUGCAGGAUCACCACGACCUGCUGGUGUAAAACCCAAACCUGACAUCCUCAUGGGUUUGGCUCCUCCCGUCAGUACCGCAGCGGACGCCAUCUCUGGACAAAGUGGCGAGCAGAACGUAGCCCCAUCUCCUUCUCAAGUCCCCACCCAGCCCAUCUCCACCCACCUGGCUUCGGUCACGCCUCCUUCUCAGCCUGUCCCUGCCGCCAUGGCGGUGACUCCACCCAUCCCUUCAAUGGCCAACGUGGUGGCGCCGCCCUCUCACCCAGCAUCCAGUAGUACUGCAGCAUGUGCCGUUAGCUCCGCCCUUCCAGAGAUCAAGCAAGAGGCGUCACCCAUGGACACUUCAAAACCAGGAGCUCCAGCGCCACCUGGUGGCGCUCCUUCCCUGUCAGUGCCACCUGCAGAUCUCGUGCCCGGAGCUUCGCCAAGAAAAAAACCCAGAAAGCAGCAGCACGUCAUUUCCACCGAGGAGACCGAGAUGAUGGAGACCAACAGCACAGACGAGGAGAAACCGCCCGCCAAACCUGUCAGUCAGCGGCCAGAAAAACGCAAAUCGCCUCCGAAAGAGUACAUCGAUGAGGAGGGCGUGCGGUACGUUCCCGUCCGAAUCCGUCCGCCGGUCACUCUUCUCCGUCAUUACCGUAACCCCUGGAAAGCCGCUUACCAUCACUUCCAGAGAUACACCGACGUCCGGGUCAAAGAGGACAAGAAGGGCAGCCUGCAGGACGUGGCCAAUCAGAAGGGGGUUGUGUGUCGAGCGCAGGGCUGGAAGAUUCAUCUGUGUGCUGCUCAGCUGGUGCAGCUGACGAAUCUGGAGCAUGACGCCUACAGCCGUUUAACGACUCUACAGGAGGGCCUCGUCCCCAAGAAAAAAGCCACGGCAGACGAUGAUCUGCACCGCAUCAGUGAACUCAUACAGGGUAACAUGCAGCGCUGCAAGCUGGUGAUGGAUCAGAUCACGGAGGCUCGCGAGGCCAUGAUGAAGGUGCUGGACCACAGAGAGCGAGUCCUCAAACUCCUCAACAAGAACAGCAGCUCCAAGAAGCUCCACAAGCUCCACAAACGCAAAGACAGAGCGUAAUGCAGGAAUCGGAGUCGGCUCGCCGCAGGAGGUCCGGAGCGAACAGAAGGAAAAAAAAACACGCAGGAAACGCGUUAAAACUUGGGAGAAGCCCCUCUCUCAUCUCCCUGUCUCAUCCCACAGCGGGGGGCGGGGUUAGCAUUAACGUUUGUAGUAUAAAAAGCCUUACCUCCACUACAGAAUGCACACACACACACACACACACACACAACACGAGGGACAAUCACACAACGCAGUAUACCUACACCAGUCACGCUAAAGGACGGUUAAAGAGAUUUCAAAACAACACGGACUUUUCGCUAACAAGUGUUUAACGUCUCGUUACACCUUCAUUCAGUAAGAAAAAAAUAUUAUAGGACAAUACUUGAAGACAUUUUCACUAUAUAUAUAUAUUAUAUGAUAUAUAUUCAUAAUAAUAAUAUGCUGAGAAAAAGUUCCGUAUUCAAAAGAAAAAUCAUUAUUUAAAAUCUAAUAAAAAAAAGAACUAUUUAGAGUUGUCAGAAAGAAAGAAAGAAAGAAACACAAUGUCCCCUUUAUCACAAAUACGGUGCGAUGUGUAUGCGUAAAACCGUUUACCUGUAGGCCACGCCUCCUACCCGAGGCUGCUGCUCGCUAACCAGGUGAGAAAGAAAGCCGAUACGUUUUAGAUGUUUUUGUGGUCACUUUCAGACACUGAUCGACCUUAGCAUAAGCAGAUUAAGACGGCGUGUAAAGUGUUUAUUAUAUAUAAAGAUCUUCCGUUAUUUCUUUAGCAAACUGACUCAGAAGUGGAAACUGGUUCAAACUGGUUCAGAAACCACAGACUCCUUCAGACGCCUAACACGACAGCGGGCGCUCCACUAGGCUAGAGAGUGGUAGCUAAGGUUAUUUAAAGAUAAUAUAAUCUGGUUUGUAAUUUAAUACAGGGCUAGUUAGCGAGGUAAGUCUGUUAAUUCAGAGAAAGGAGAAGUUUGUGCACCCCUGACCAUUAGAACAUACUCCAUUCUUUUUUUUCUAUGAAGGCUUGCUUUUGGUGACGAUUCAGUGGGGUUGAUACCUGAUUAUCACACAUGCGUGUGAUGAUUAGAUGUCCAGAAACUUUUUAUCAGGCAAUGUAA